CUUUUGUGAGAAUGCAAGGGCAGCAGUGAUACAUGGGAUUGAAAUAGCAAUCCCAUGUCUUGCUUUAAAAAAAAGUAAACCAACAGCAAAAGAGCAUACAAUUGCACACUUGUUAGGAAAUUCCUGGUUUGGCCACCUGCUCUCUAAGUGGAGGAAAAUAAUUACUGGGAAGAUCUUAAACCUGAAAUCUGAAGAGGCAAAGAUGUUAAAAUGGGAACUGUACACCUUCAGCCAUGAAGGAAGGAGGUAAAACCAGGUAUAUUGCAUGAUUAUAGCAAGCACAGUAGAGCUACAUAUUUGAAAAGACAAGGACAGAACAAGACUUAACUGUUUGAGGAAAGUUUUCAGCUGAAUUAAGAGUUUUCUACAUACAAAAUCACCAAGGAAAUGAAUGCAAAUAGAAAGAUGUCAGUCGAGCAGCAACAAGGAACAAAUGCUGUGACUGUUGAGGAAAUGGGAACUCAGGAACAGGAGCCAAAGAAAGAGCAAAAGACCUUUACAGUGGAAGAAGCUGUGGAAACAAUCGGUUUUGGAAGAUUUCACAUUGCACUCUUUAUGAUCAUGGGUAGCACUGGUGUGGUAGAAGCUAUGGAAAUCAUGCUGAUUGCUGUAGUGGGUCCUGUCAUCCGGUGUGAAUGGCAGCUUAAAAAUUGGCAAGUGGCUUUAGUGACAACAAUGGUGUUUUUUGGCUACAUGGUGGCUAGUGUAACAUUUGGGAUGCUAGCAGAUAAAUUUGGCCGUUGGAAGGUUUUAAUCAUCUCUUUUGCAUGGGGAGCCUAUUUCUCUUUGCUGACAUCAUUUUCUCCUUCGUACAUCUGGUUUGUCUUUCUCCGAGCCCUUGUGGGAUGUGGCGUAUCAGGUCAUUCACAAGGGCUUAUAAUAAAAACAGAAUUUUUGCCCACAAAAUACCGUGGUUACAUUUUGCCAUUAUCACAGAUAUUUUGGUUGUCAGGCUCCUUAUUAAUUAUUGGAUUGGCAUCAGUUGUUAACCCAACUCUUGGGUGGCGGUGGCUGAUACGAAUUGCUUCUAUUCCAGGCAUUCUACUUCUCCUUGCAUUUAAGUUUAUCCCCGAGUCUGCUCGAUAUAAUGUAUCUUGUGGAAAUGAUAACGCAGCCCUUGCUACCCUUGAGUGGAUUGCUAAAAUGAACCGUUCUGUUAUGCCUGAAGGAAAGUUGGUAGAAGCUGUUGAAGAAAAACGAGGUAGAUUCAAAGACCUAUUUGAUCCCAAAUACUUACGGACAUCUUUGCAAAUAUGGAUUAUAUGGCUUGGAAUUUCUUUUGCUUAUUAUGGUGUCAUCCUGGCCAGUGCAGAAUUACUGGAGAAGGAUCUGGUUUGUACAACAGGAGAAGGAUCAGCUUUAGAGGCAGAGCUGGGCCAUACUCAGGAUGAGUUUCAGAGCCCUUGUCUCUGCUAUACCUUUGCACCAUCUGACUAUCAGAUCAUGUUCAUCAGCACAGUAGGAGAAAUUGCAUUAAAUCCCUUAAAUAUUCUUGGCAUCAACUUCCUGGGAAGACGAGUGAGCUUGACAAUAACAAUGGGAUGCACUGCUGUUUUCUUUCUUCUCCUCAAUAUAUGCACCACAAUUACUGGUCUUAUUGGUUUCCUCUUUAUGCUGCGUGCUUUUGUAGCUGCAAAUUUCAAUACUAUCUAUAUUUACACAGCGGAGGUUUAUCCUACCACCAUGAGAGCCAUUGGAUUAGGGACCAGUGGCUCCCUAUGUCGUAUAGGUGCUAUGGUAGCACCUUUUAUAGCACAAGUACUUAUGAAUGCUUCUUUCCUGGGGGCACUGUGCCUUUUUGCCUUGGUUUGCAUUGUGUGUGCUAUCUCAGCAUUCACUCUACCAAUAGAGACCAAAGGGAGAUCACUUCAGCAAAGAAAGUGAUCUUUAAUUGUUGGAAGAGGAAGAAGACAUUGGUUGCUUGAAUCUUGUGUGGCCUACAAUUCUGACAAUGUGUUUUCAAGGUUAAACUAAGUUCUCUCCAGUAUAUAAUCAAUAUAAUAAUUAAAGUAUCUCCAUGUUUAAAUAAGUUUAAAAGCUGUCACAUAGUCAGGGCCAAAUAGCAAAAACAGGAAAACCACAAUGUGGUAUUUUGUUCAUACCUGCAUGAAAUGAGAGUUUUCUACAUUAAUCUGCAUACUUGUGACAAUUUCUUGUUAAUUUCUUUCCUUUCCUUCCCCUUCCUUGGGUAUAUAAGUUACUCCUUCAAAUCUUCCCAUCUCUGGAAUUUUGUGCAUAUUAAGCAAACAGAGCAGAGACUUGCAUUGUAUUAAAUAACUCACUACUAAAAUA